AUCUGAAAAGCCAGCGUUCAAAGUCUCUCUUCAAACAUCAAACUCCAUUUAAAAGCUCUCUACCAAAACCAAAUUACAUGAACCCAAUUCCCCUGACUUUUUUGGUCUCUCUAUUUUUUUUCCUCCAUGACGAAAUCCAACAUUUCUUCUUACCCAAAAUAAUAACAUUUUGUUCCUCAACCUCACAACAUUUUUUCUCAAUUUUUUUUUUGUUUUGGCUUUCUUGAUUAAGAAAAUUUGUACUGAAAUUUGAAAUCAAGAAGCUGAAUCCUUUUAUGUAGUCAUUUUUUGAUUUUUUUUGCAAAAUUUUAAAGAAAAGAGUUCAGACUAGUAAUACCAAUGGUGACAAAGCUCAGUAUUUUUAUUUUGGUUUCCUUGAGUUUAUUCUCAUUUGGUUUUGUUGCCUCUAGGGAACUUCAUCACAAUUUUGGGAUCAAUCUGAAUUCUAGUGCUUCUGGUAUUGAAUUCCCUCAACAUCCAAGUUUCAAUGUUGUUUCUUCUUCUACUAACUCAGGUUGCACUCAUGGAACAUCAACAACAAACACCCAUUCCAUAUUAACCACAGAAGAACAUGAUAAUUUUGAUGGUUUCGGAGACCAGCAAAGAGAAGCAGUGAAGUUUCACCUAAGGCAUAGAUCAGCUGGUCAAACAAUAGAGGCUAAAGACUCUGUUUUUGAGUCCACGUCAAGGGACUUAGGUAGAAUUCAGACAUUGCAUACAAGGAUUGUCGAGAAAAAGAAUCAGAAUUCUGUUUCAAGAUUGGCAAAAGACACAGAAAAAACAGUCAUUUCUCCAGAAUUUGAGCUCUCAGGCAAACUCAUGGCGACGUUGGAGUCAGGGGUGAGUCAUGGAUCAGGGGAAUAUUUCAUGGAUGUUUUUGUUGGUACACCUCCUAAGCACUUCUCUUUGAUUCUUGAUACUGGUAGUGAUCUUAAUUGGAUUCAAUGUGUACCUUGUUAUGAUUGUUUUGAACAAAAUGGUCCUCAUUAUGAUCCUAAAGACUCUACCUCUUUUACGAAUAUAAGUUGUCAUGAUCCAAAGUGUCAUCUUGUUUCAUCUCCUGACCCUCCACAGCCUUGCAAGACUGAGAACCAAACUUGCCCUUAUUACUAUUGGUAUGGAGAUAGCUCGAAUACGACUGGUGAUUUCGCCCUUGAGACGUUCUCGGUUAAUCUCACAACCCCUAGUGGGAACUCAGAGAUCAAGAGAGUGGAAAAUGUGAUGUUUGGUUGUGGGCAUUGGAAUAGAGGCUUGUUUCAUGGUGCUGCAGGUUUGCUAGGACUUGGUAAGGGACCACUUUCGUUUUCGUCUCAGCUACAAUCUUUAUAUGGCCAUUCUUUUUCGUAUUGUCUGGUCAAUAGGAAUAGCAAUUCUAGUGUCAGCAGCAAACUGAUUUUUGGCGAAGAUAAGGAGCUAUUGAAACAUCCAAACUUGAACUUCACUUCACUAGUUGGUGGGAAAGAAAAUCCAGCAGAAACGUUCUACUAUGUGCAGAUAAAAUCAGUGAUAGUUGGAGACGAAGUGCUAAAACUACCCGAGGAGACAUGGAAUCUGUCUCCACAAGGUACCGGUGGCACAAUCAUUGAUUCAGGAACCACUUUGAGCUAUUUUGUCGAACCAGCAUAUGAGAUUAUAAAAGAGGCAUUUAUUAACAAAGUGAAGGGCUAUCCUUUAAUAGAAGAUUUUCCCAUUCUGAGACCAUGUUACAAUGUGUCUGGAGUGGAGAAUCUUGAAUUGCCCUCAUUUGGGAUAGUUUUUGGUGAUGGAGCUAUAUGGAAUUUCCCGGUCGAGAACUACUUCAUCAAACUUGAUCCGGAGGACAUUGUUUGUUUAGCAAUUUUGGGUACUCCUCACUCUGCCAUGUCAAUAAUUGGUAAUUACCAACAACAGAAUUUCCAAAUCUUAUAUGACACCAAAAGGUCUAGGCUGGGAUAUGCACCAACAAGAUGUGCUGAUGCCUGAUAUGUUGACUAGCUAUUUUGUGUUACAAGGUUGGGAAACUGUAAACAUAGUGGGAGAUGGAAGGAUUGUGUUCAUUCUUUUUUCUCCUGAUUCUAAAACUUAUAGAUACAAAAUGUAGGUUCUAUCUGUAUCUCUUACUUUUUAGGUGUGUAGAUGAUUAUACAUUGUUUGACAGAAACUAGCUACUACAACAUAUAUAUAAGUAAACUUUCAACAACUCUCUCAUAUCUAAAUGACUGCUUUUAUAAUUCGUUACCAUUUUUUGUAUU